AUGAGUUCGGAUGCUGAUAUGGCCAUCUUUGGGGAGGCAGCUCCUUACCUCCGGAAGUCUGAAAAGGAAAGGAUCGAGGCUCAGAACAAGCCUUUUGAUGCUAAGACAUCUGUCUUUGUGGCGGAUCCUAAAGAAUCAUUUGUAAAGGCUGUUGUUCAGAGCCGGGAAUCUGGAAAGGUGACAGCGAAGACAGAAGGAGGAGCGACUGUGACUGUUAAAGAUGAUCAGGUGUUUCCCAUGAACCCUCCCAAAUUUGACAAGAUCGAGGACAUGGCCAUGAUGACUCACCUACAUGAGCCGGCCGUGCUGUAUAACCUCAAAGAGCGUUAUGCAGCCUGGAUGAUCUACACCUAUUCUGGCCUCUUCUGUGUCACUGUCAACCCCUACAAGUGGCUGCCUGUGUAUAAUUCAGAGGUGGUGACUGCCUACAGGGGCAAAAAGCGUCAGGAGGCUCCUCCCCACAUCUUCUCCAUCUCUGAUAAUGCCUAUCAGUUCAUGUUAACUGAUAGGGAGAAUCAGUCUAUCUUAAUCACUGGAGAAUCUGGUGCUGGGAAGACUGUCAACACCAAGCGCGUCAUUCAGUACUUUGCAACAAUUGCAGUGACUGGGGAGAAGAAGAAGGAAGAGCCCGGGAAUUCCUCUAAGGGGACGCUUGAAGAUCAAAUCAUUAGUGCCAAUCCACUGUUGGAGGCUUUUGGCAAUGCCAAGACCGUGAGGAAUGAUAACUCUUCUCGAUUUGGUAAAUUUAUUAGGAUCCACUUUGGCGCUACUGGUAAACUGGCUUCAGCUGACAUUGAGACAUAUCUACUAGAGAAGUCUAGGGUUACCUUCCAGCUAAAGGCUGAAAGAAGCUACCACAUAUUUUAUCAGAUCAUGUCAAACAAGAAACCAGAACUAAUUGAGAUGCUACUGAUCACCACCAACCCAUAUGACUAUGCUUUUGUCAGUCAAGGAGAGAUCACUGUUCCCAGCAUUGAUGACCAGGAAGAGCUAAUCGCUACUGAUAGUGCUAUUGAUAUCCUGGGCUUCACUGCUGAUGAAAAAGUGUCCAUUUACAAGCUCACAGGGGCUGUCAUGCAUUAUGGGAACAUGAAAUUCAAGCAAAAGCAGCGAGAGGAGCAGGCUGAGCCAGAUGGUACUGAAGUUGCUGACAAGGCUGCCUACCUCCAAAAUCUAAAUUCUGCUGACCUCCUCAAAGCUCUGUGCUUCCCUAGAGUGAAGGUUGGCAAUGAAUAUGUCACCAAAGGCCAGACUGUGCAGCAGGUAUACAAUGCUGUGGGUGCUCUGGCUAAAGCUGUCUAUGACAAGAUGUUCCUAUGGAUGGUCACUCGUAUCAACCAGCAACUGGACACCAAGCAGCCCAGACAGUACUUCAUUGGCGUCUUGGACAUUGCCGGCUUUGAGAUCUUUGAUUUCAACAGCCUGGAGCAGCUGUGCAUCAACUUCACCAAUGAGAAACUGCAGCAGUUCUUCAACCACCACAUGUUCGUGCUGGAGCAGGAGGAGUACAAGAAGGAAGGCAUCGAGUGGGAGUUCAUUGACUUUGGGAUGGACCUGGCGGCCUGCAUCGAGCUCAUUGAGAAGCCAAUGGGGAUUUUCUCCAUCCUAGAAGAAGAGUGUAUGUUCCCCAAGGCAACAGACACUUCUUUCAAGAACAAGCUGUAUGAGCAGCACCUUGGCAAAUCCCACAACUUCCAGAAGCCCAAGCCUGCCAAAGGGAAGCCUGAGGCCCACUUCUCUCUGAUCCACUAUGCUGGAACUGUGGACUACAACAUUACUGGUUGGCUAGACAAGAACAAGGACCCCCUGAAUGAGACCGUGGUUGGGCUGUACCAGAAAUCCUCAAUGAAAACUCUAGCUUACCUCUUCACUGGGGCAACUGCUGCUGAAGCAGAGGCUGGUGGAGGAAAGAAAGGUGGCAAGAAGAAGGGUUCAUCUUUCCAGACUGUGUCAGCUCUUUUCAGGGAGAAUUUAAACAAGCUGAUGACCAACCUGAGGAGCACUCACCCUCAUUUUGUACGGUGCAUCAUUCCCAAUGAAACCAAAACUCCUGGUGCUAUGGAACAUGAACUUGUCCUGCACCAGCUGAGGUGUAACGGUGUGCUAGAAGGCAUCAGAAUCUGCCGGAAAGGAUUCCCAAGCAGAAUCCUGUAUGCUGACUUCAAACAGAGAUACAAAGUUUUAAAUGCAAGCGCUAUUCCCGAAGGACAAUUCAUUGAUAGCAAGAAAGCUUCUGAGAAGCUUCUUGGUUCUAUAGAUGUUGACCACACCCAGUAUAAAUUUGGCCACACCAAGGUCUUCUUCAAAGCUGGUCUUCUGGGUCUCCUAGAGGAGAUGAGAGAUGACAAGUUGGCACAACUUAUUACUCGAACUCAAGCCAGAUGUCGGGGUUUCUUAGCAAGAGUGGAGUACCAAAGGAUGGUGGAAAGAAGAGAAUCCAUCUUCUGCAUCCAGUACAAUGUCCGUUCCUUCAUGAAUGUCAAGCACUGGCCCUGGAUGAAGCUGUAUUUCAAAAUCAAGCCCCUGCUCAAAAGUGCAGAGACAGAGAAAGAGAUGGCCAACAUGAAGGAAGAGUUUGAGAAAACUAAAGAAAGCCUUGCAAAGGCUGAAGCAAAAAGGAAAGAGCUGGAAGAAAAAAUGGUAGCUUUGACACAAGAGAAAAAUGAUUUGCAGCUCCAAGUUCAAUCUGAAGCAGAUAGUUUGGCUGAUGCUGAGGAGAGAUGUGACCAGCUAAUCAAAACCAAAAUCCAACUUGAGGCUAAAAUCAAAGAAGUGACUGAAAGAGCUGAGGAUGAGGAAGAGAUCAAUGCUGAACUGACAGCCAAGAAAAGGAAACUGGAGGAUGAAUGUUCAGAGCUCAAGAAAGACAUUGAUGACCUUGAGUUGACACUGGCCAAGGUGGAAAAGGAGAAACAUGCUACUGAGAACAAGGUGAAAAACCUCACAGAAGAGAUGGCAGGGCUGGAUGAAAACAUUGCUAAGCUCACCAAAGAGAAGAAAGCCCUCCAAGAGGCCCACCAGCAGACCCUGGAUGACCUGCAGGCAGAAGAGGACAAAGUGAAUACACUGACCAAAGCUAAAAUCAAGCUGGAGCAGCAAGUGGAUGAUCUUGAAGGGUCUUUGGAACAAGAAAAGAAAAUUCGCAUGGAUCUGGAGAGAGCUAAGAGAAAACUUGAAGGAGAUUUAAAAUUGGCCCAGGAAUCCAUCAUGGAUGUAGAAAAUGACAAACAGCAGCUUGAUGAAAAGCUCAAAAAGAAAGAGUUUGAAAUGAGCAACCUGCAAAGCAAGAUUGAAGACGAACAAGCAUUGGCUAUGCAGUUGCAGAAGAAGAUCAAGGAGUUGCAGGCUCGCAUUGAAGAACUGGAGGAGGAAAUCGAGGCAGAACGCGCCUCUCGGGCAAAAGCUGAGAAGCAGCGAUCUGAUCUCUCCAGGGAGCUCGAGGAGAUCAGCGAGCGCCUGGAAGAAGCUGGUGGGGCAACUUCAGCCCAGAUUGAGAUGAACAAGAAGCGAGAGGCUGAAUUCCAGAAGAUGCGCAGGGACCUUGAAGAGGCCACCCUGCAGCAUGAAGCCACAGCGGCCACUCUGCGGAAGAAGCACGCGGAUAGCGUAGCUGAGCUUGGGGAACAAAUCGACAACCUGCAGAGGGUCAAACAGAAACUGGAGAAGGAGAAGAGUGAAAUGAAGAUGGAGAUCGACGAUCUUGCCAGCAAUAUGGAAUCUGUGUCCAAAGCUAAGGGCAACCUUGAAAAAAUAUGCCGCACUCUGGAAGAUCAACUUAGUGAACUUAAAUCAAAGGAGGAGGAGCAGCAGCGCCUGAUCAAUGAUCUGACUGCCCAGAGAGCGCGCUUACAGACUGAGUCCGGUGAAUUUUCUCGUCAGCUUGAUGAAAAAGACUCUUUAGUUUCUCAGCUGUCAAGAGGCAAACAAGCAUUUACUCAACAAAUUGAGGAACUGAAGAGGCAACUUGAAGAGGAGAUAAAGGCCAAGAAUGCUCUGGCCCAUGCCCUACAGUCAUCCCGCCAUGACUGUGACUUAUUACGGGAACAAUAUGAGGAGGAACAGGAAGCCAAGGCGGAGCUACAGAGGGCAAUGUCCAAGGCCAACAGCGAGGUCGCCCAAUGGAGGACCAAAUAUGAGACGGAUGCCAUUCAGCGUACAGAAGAACUGGAAGAGGCCAAGAAGAAGCUGGCCCAGCGUCUACAGGAUGCUGAGGAACACGUAGAAGCUGUGAAUGCCAAAUGUGCUUCCCUUGAAAAGACCAAGCAACGGCUGCAGAAUGAAGUGGAGGAUCUCAUGAUUGAUGUAGAGAGGACAAAUGCAGCCUGUGCAGCCCUGGAUAAAAAGCAAAGAAAUUUUGAUAAGGUCUUGUCAGAAUGGAAACAGAAAUAUGAGGAAACUCAUGCUGAGUUAGAAGCUUCUCAGAAGGAGUCUCGCUCCCUUAGCACAGAGCUGUUCAAGAUUAAAAAUGCCUAUGAGGAAUCACUGGAUCACCUGGAAACCCUGAGGCGAGAGAACAAGAACUUGCAACAGGAGAUUUCUGACCUGACUGAGCAGAUCGCUGAGGGAGGCAAACGUAUCCAUGAGCUGGAGAAAGUAAAGAAACAAAUUGAGCAAGAAAAGAGCGAACUUCAGGCUGCUUUGGAAGAAGCUGAGGCAUCUCUUGAACAUGAAGAGGGGAAAAUCCUGCGCAUCCAACUUGAGUUGAAUCAAGUUAAGUCUGAAAUUGACAGGAAAAUCGCUGAAAAAGAUGAAGAAAUUGAUCAACUGAGAAGAAACCACGUCCGUGUUGUGGAGUCGAUGCAGAGCACACUAGAUGCUGAGAUCAGAAGCAGGAAUGAUGCUAUAAGGUUAAAGAAGAAGAUGGAGGGAGAUCUGAAUGAAAUGGAAAUCCAGCUGAAUCAUGCCAACAGAAUGGCUGCAGAGGCCCUAAGGAACUACAGAAAUACCCAAGGAAUACUUAAGGACACCCAGAUCCACCUGGAUGACGCUCUCCGAGGCCAGGAGGACCUGAAAGAGCAGCUGGCCAUGGUGGAGCGCAGAGCCAACCUAUUGCAGGCUGAGAUUGAGGAGCUGCGGGCAACUCUGGAACAGACUGAGAGGAGCAGGAAGAUAGCAGAACAAGAGCUUCUGGAUGCCAGUGAGCGUGUGCAACUCCUACACACCCAGAACACCAGCUUGAUCAACACCAAGAAGAAGCUGGAAACAGACAUUUCCCAAAUCCAGGGUGAGAUGGAAGACACGGUUCAGGAAGCCCGAAAUGCAGAAGAGAAGGCCAAGAAGGCUAUCACUGAUGCAGCCAUGAUGGCUGAGGAGCUGAAAAAGGAGCAGGACACCAGUGCCCACCUGGAGCGGAUGAAGAAGAACCUGGAGCAGACCGUGAAGGACUUGCAGCUCCGCCUGGAUGAGGCCGAGCAGCUGGCCCUGAAAGGAGGAAAGAAGCAGAUCCAGAAACUGGAGGCCAGAGUGCGUGAGCUUGAAGGGGAGGUUGAAAGUGAGCAGAAACACAAUGUUGAAACUGUGAAGAGUCUGCGCAAACAUGAGAGGAGAGUGAAGGAGCUCACUUACCAGACUGAAGAAGAUCGUAAGAACGUUCUCAGGCUUCAGGACCUGGUGGACAAACUGCAGUCUAAAGUGAAAGCAUAUAAGAGACAAGCAGAGGAAGCUGAGGAACAGUCUAACGUCAACCUCUCCAAAUUCCGCAAGAUCCAGCAUGAGCUAGAGGAAGCUGAGGAACGGGCUGACAUUGCUGAGUCCCAGGUCAACAAGCUCCGGGUGAAAAGUAGGGAGGUCCAUACAAAGAUUAUAAGUGAGGAAUAAUCCUGAAACUUCUGGGUGACUGAAGAAACACAGAAUGUGAAAAUCUUUGUCACUCUGUUUUGUACCUGUUAUUCUAGAAGAUAA